AUGAACCGACUGCGUCCACCUCCACAGACGCGCGAGCAUCGAAUAACGUAUGGAUACGAGAGAAGCAAGCAAGGAAUCCACGUAGUUCAGAAUUACGCUUCCAGAUCGAUUUGGAUAGGGCGGGACGAGGACGAGGGGGAGUACGAGGACAACACCUGCUGUCACCGCGCGACUUUCUGCAACCCCGUGUUACGGGAGAUCCUCGUGACCGACGUGAUCUCCGCGUGUUUCGGCCUACAGCUGACAUGGGCGGACCUCUUCUGGCUCGCGACCGUGAGCGGCAUAAUCCUGCUGGCCUGGGCCGUUUUGUAUUUCCUACUGGGCGACAUGAUCCUACCCGGCGGCAGCGUGUUUGGCCUCCUCGUCCUCGUCAUUUUUUCCUACGCCCUCGGCUGGACCCUCGCCUGCAUCCCCCACUUACACCUCCCGCCCAUCUUCGGCAUGCUCCUCGCCGGCAUAAUACUGCGCAACACCGACGUUUACAACAUACACGACAUGCUCGGCCCGGGCAUAACUUCCAAGAUCAGGACCUUCUGCCUGACCUUCAUUAUGGUACGUGCGGGCCUGAAGCUGACGACGACCGCGCUGAAGGCGCAUCCAGUGUUCGUGACCCUCCUGGCCCUCGUCCCGUGCACCGUCGAAAUGCUGGCGGUCACCGUCUCGUCUAAAUAUCUCCUCGAGUACCCGUGGAAUUGGUCCUUCAUGACGGGAAAUAUGCAACGUUGUAUCGCAUUGCUGGCUUAACUCUUGCAUCUUUAACGUGUACCACAGCAGCAUCCAGACUGGCGGUCACAGGUGGAGGAUAUCUCGCUACUAUC